AUGGUCUCCUUGCAAGUUGGGAGCCAUCACACCUGCAGGGGUUUCUUGGUGUCCAAGUCCUUCGUGAUGACUGCGGCACACUGCUUCACGUGGCAAGUCAAUCUGACUGCUGUGCUUGGUGCACAUGACAUUACCAAGAAAGAAAAUACGGUCAGAAUACCUGUGAAGUUUUACCACAUCCACCCUGGGUACGACCACAAAACUUUAGACAAUGAUAUUAUGCUACUGCAGCUGGAGAAGGCCGUUGAGUGGAGUAGGACGAUCCAGGAGAUUGCAAUCCCCAAGAAAGAUCAGGAAGUCAAGGGUGGGUCUCUGUGCAGCGUGGCUGGUUGGGGGCUAUCUGAAGAUGGCGGACGUGGUGAGCCACAUCUAAUGGAGGCCAACGUGACCACCGAAUCAUACAGGGCAUGCAGAAGCGCAUGGAAAACUAUAUCAAACCGAAUGCUGUGUGCAGGGGGAAAUAAAGAUAGAAAGGGAAUCUGUCAGGGAGAUUCUGGAGGUCCGUUGGUGUGUAAGAAGAAAGCCUUGGGGAUCGUGAAAUUCUACCAGCAAAAAAAAUGCAACUCGCCCACAAUACCCAAUGUCUACACUCAAGUGUCCAAGUACUUAUCAUGGAUCAAAUGCAUCAUCAAAAGUAUCUAACAAGGGAGAGGAUAUGAGAGCAAAGCUUUGAAUGGUGUAAACGACAGUAAACAUGUGCUAUAAGCCCAUAUAAAGCCACUGCGAAACCAUCUCAGACAGUUUGUGGUUUAACUCCAAAACCGCACACAGCA